GGCCUGCCAUUCAUUCAUAUCAAGCACUGCCUUAAUGCCUUUUACUUUCUCAGUUUCUUGCACAGAAAGUUUUUUUAUUCCACUCCCCUGCUAAUUUUUAUCAGAGAAAAACGCAAAGCCCUAAAGUCUAAUUACAGAUCAAGGAACUCGACCAUGAGUCGUGGAAGUGGAUCUGGUUAUGACCGUCAUAUAACGAUCUUCUCCCCUGAAGGUCGUCUAUUUCAAGUCGAGUAUGCUUUUAAGGCGGUAAAGGCUUCCGGGAUCACCUCGAUUGGUGUUCGAGGAAAGGAUUCAGUAUGCGUUGUCACACAGAAGAAGGUCCCGGACAAGCUUUUGGAUCAGACUAGCGUUACACAUCUUUUCGCCAUUACCAAGUACCUUGGAUUAUUAGCCACUGGAAUGACAGCUGAUGCAAGAACCUUAGUUCAACAAGCAAGAAAUGAAGCAGCUGAGUUCCGUUUCAGAUAUGGAUAUGAGAUGCCUGUGGAUGUAUUGUCCAAGUGGAUUGCAGACAAAUCACAGAUAUAUACUCAACAUGCCUAUAUGAGACCUCUUGGAGUAGCUGCUAUGGUUUUGGGUAUUGAUGAAGAAAAUGGGCCUCAACUCUUCAAGUGUGAUCCAGCUGGCCACUUUUUUGGUCAUAAGGCUACAAGUGCUGGCUUAAAAGAACAAGAGGCAAUUAAUUUCUUAGAGAAGAAAAUGAAGAAUGAUCCUGCAUUCUCCUACGAGGAGACCGUACAGACUGCAAUUUCUGCUCUGCAAUCAGUUUUACAAGAGGAUUUCAAGGCCACUGAAAUUGAGGUGGGAGUCGUUAGAAAGGAAAAUCCAGUUUUCAGAGUGUUGUCCACGGAGGAGAUUGAUGAGCAUUUGACAGCCAUAAGUGAGCGUGACUGAGUCGCUGAGUAUGUACCAGAGCUACAUGGCAUAAACUCUCCUGCAGGUUGAUUAAAGACAAAUCUGUUAUUUUUUUGUUGUUACCAUAAUUAUUGAUGUUGAAUCCAAACUGGCAAUUUAAGAUUUCCUGAUCCUAUUAUCAGAGAACAUUUUCAUGAUCUUCGGGCAUAACCCUUCUGUAAACUUGUUCACCGGAAAUUUUACUUUUGGCA